CGCUCCCUCGGUUGGCCCCGGGCCUGGCGGGGCGGGGCGAGCCCCCGGCGGCGGCCGGCGCUCCGCGCGGUCACGUGGCCCCGGCAGCCCCGCUCCCUCCGCGCUCCGCCAUGGCUGCGGCGGCCGCCGCCGGCUCCCUGCUGCUCUGCCUGCUCGGCCUGGCGCUGCCCGGCGGCAGUGCGCUGCACACCAAGGGCUCCGUGCCCCUCGACACCAUCACCUUCUACAAGGUAAUUCCAAAGCAUAAAUUUGUCCUGGUGAAAUUCGAUACGCAAUAUCCGUACGGUGAGAAACAGGAUGAGUUUAAAAAACUGGCAGAGAGCUCAGGCUCCAGUGAAGAUCUUCUUGUGGCUGAAGUGGGAAUAUCAGAUUAUGGUGAUAAACUGAACACUGAUCUGGGAGAAAAGUACAAGCUGGAUAAGGAAAAGUUCCCUAUUUUUUACUUGUUCCAGGAUGGUGACUUUGACAAUCCUUUACCUUACAGUGGCCACAUCAAGGCCGGGGCUAUUCAGCGCUGGCUGAAGAGUAACGGCAUCUAUCUGGGGAUGCCAGGCUGCCUCAAAGAGUACGACAUGCUGGCCAGCAAGUUUGUGAGCACCGCUGAGAAAUCAGAACGCCAGUCCCUCCUGAAAAAGGGGCAAGAGAGUUUAGAGAAAACUAAAGAAACUGAGAAGAAGUCAGCUGAACAAUACUUGAAAAUCAUGAGCAAGAUACUGGAGCAGGGAGAAGAGUUUGCUGCUAAUGAAGUCGUCCGAAUCACAAAACUGAUCGAGAAGAACAAAAUGAGUGAUGGGAAAAAGGAGGAGCUCCAGAAAAGCCUCAAUAUCCUUGCUUCUUUCCUGAAGAAGAACAAUGAAAAAGAUGAGCUCUAAUCUGUUGGAGAACUUUGUACAAGCUGUGAAACACUGUCAAGAGUCCUAACCAGUUCUCCUUAUGCAAGCAAACUUCCCGCUGACUUCAAGAGAGCAGCAGAUUUCCUUCUGGCAUUCUCAGAUUAGAAGAUGAAGAGGAAGACAUUCCUUAAAAACACAGUAUUAUAAAUGUUGGAAAAAAUCACCUUAAAGCAAGACACCAGUAUCGUGUCAUACUAUUCAAUAACAGUGUUAAAGCAGACCAAAAACAAAAAAGCACUAGAUUGGCCCGAAGCAUAUUCCUGGUGGUUUUUACAUCUGUUCCCUGGCAAACAAAUAACAAAAUUCAGUCUCAUAUUCCAUUUUACAUGUAAAUGGUACAGAUCGGGUGCCCCUCACAUCUCCCCCUUUCCCUGUUCUUAGUGUCCUUGAGUUUUAUGCUUUUUAACAUACCCCUCCUCCCACCUUUUGUUUUCCCAGUAGGGUUCCUUCUCUGAAUCUUGUUCCCCUUACCUGUUGUUUACUGAGAGACCUGGAGUUUCCUUUUUCUGCCUUCUCCUUCCAUGGCUCCUGUCCCUGUUUGCCUUGGGUAUUGGCCAAAUGCUGGCAGCAGGCGUAGUCGAGACCAGUCCUCCACGUAUCAGAACUUGCUCCUCAUCUGGCCAGAGCAGCCGUUUCAGCAAACAUUCUCCUGAAAUCCUUUGUGACACCGUGACAGAGCAAGUGGUUUGAGCCCUGAGCAAGGGCAGAGUCUCCUUGACGUGCUGUUACACUUAGAUCCGCCAUGUUCCACAAAAACAUGGUUUUUCAGACGCUGGUGAGGUAAAUUUGGGUGAGUUUUCUUAUGGCUGAAGAGCACAUGCAAUGCCUAUGCGUUUCGCCUGUCGUUCCCAUCCAAGCUUCAUUUCCCUGUUUCAGACUUGGCUAUGUGAGGUUUCAGUUGGACUUGAUGAUCUGAAAGGGCUUUUCCAACUUAAAUGAUAAAAAAAAAAAUAAGGGCGAGGCCAAUAAGGACAUCUGAAAGUCUCAAGCCAUAGUUAACAUAAGCUAUUUUCUCCAGUCUCAUCUUCAGAAGCGAUUGACACUGUCAAACUAAAGCUUCAUCAGCUUUUGGUAGUUUUAAAUAUUCAAGGUCUUGAAGCAGGAAGCUGAGGCAUUUGUGCCCGUAGAAGCCCUGAUUUUAUAGUUUUAAUGGCGAUACCUGGCCCAGGGAUCAGGUCAGUCCUCAGAAUUUGAUACCGCCUGUGCUGUUCGCGCUGUGUGGAAUUCCGAUGGCUGCUGGAAGAUGUAUUCCUGAUCAGGGUUGUGGAGAGUUGAAAAGAGACACCUGUGCGUUUUACCUUAAGACUACGCUGUAAGCCAAGCAAAACUGAUUUCUGUGGGAGCUUUGCUGCCUUUUGAAUCCUGCAGUGGGUACAAGGAGCAGAUAAUGCUGCAAGAUAAAAUGUAUUAAUAAUGCUAUAAUAAUUAAAAAAAUGUUCCAAUUAA